AUGUCGAUACAAGAAAACCAAAAAGUGUUACGUUCUUUAAUACGGACGGUAGGAAGGAUAUCUCAAUUUUUUGAUGAAUAUGAUAUGUGGAAAUGUUUUUUGUCAAAUAUUUAUAGAUAUGAAAAUGAGAAAUGUGAUAAAUAUAAUGAUUUUAUGAAAUACUAUUUAAACAACAAUACACAUUAUUGUCCUAUAACAUCAAAUAAUAAAAAAUUAAGAGGAGAAUUAUUAAAAUAUAUGAGGAGAAAUAUAAACGAUGAACAAGUAUAUAAUAUAGGUUUUACAGCUAUACGACAUUUAGGAAGAAUAAAAAAUUUAUUGACAAAUGUAUCAUCAAAUAAUAAUAAUAAUAAUAAUAUGAAUAUACAAAAUAAUGUAGAGAAAAAUAUUAUGAAGAUGGUUUAUAAUAAAAAUAUCUGGGCUUCUAAAGAAGAAGAAUUUUUAUUUAAAAAGAAUUUAACAAUGAUACAUUUUAAUAAUAAUGAUGAAAGAAGGAAGAAUUCGAUGGAUCGUUACAAUGAUACUUUGUAUGAGAAUGAAAAAAAUAAAAAAAGUAAAAAAGGUAAAAAAUCGUAUGGCUUAAAAAAAAAGUAUACGAUGAAUAGACGAUUACAUAAAGCUUCCUUUGAAGAAAUAUCUCACGUGAGGGACAACAUCAACAUGGUAGAUAACACAAACGAUGGUCAUAUUAUAAACAAUGAUAAUAUUACAAACAAUGAUGAUAUUACAAACAAUAAUAAUAUUACAAACAAUAAUAAUAUUACAAACAAUAAUAAUAUUACAAACGAUGGUCAUAUUACAAACAAUCAACAUAAUAAUGAUGCUCUUGUAAAUAAUAAUAAUUUUACUUGUAACGACAAAUCAACUUCACACGUAUUAUUUAAUAAAAUCAAUCUUUUAAACAGAAAUAAAAAUAAUGCGUUCAAAAAAAGUAUUCAUAAAAAUGAAAUAAAAAAAGGUACUAUACUAAUAUCACACCCGUUAACGUCAAACCCUUUAUGGAAUAGAGCUGUUAUUCUUAUUACGAAUAAAGAAAAAAAUAAUAUAGUUUGUGGUCUUAUAUUAAAUAAACAUCCUUUGUAUAAUGAUUAUAUGAAAAUGUCAAAUAAUAAAGAAAUAAAUAAAAUUUUAAAUAAGAUAUAUUUAAAAAAGAAGAAAUUUAUUCAGGAUAUAAUAGGUGAUUAUAUAAGCAAUACUAAAGAAAGAAAUAAAGUGAAAGACAACAUAAACAAUAAUAUAAUAAAUGAUGAAAACAAUGUAAGAGGUAUAUGUAAUAAUGUAAACGUAGAUAUAUUAAAUAAUCACGAAGAACAAUUAAAAGAAGAAGAAAAAGAAAAAAAUACUAUGAAAAAUAAAUGUGAUACCUUAGAAGAUAGUAAUAUUUUAUAUAAUGAAGAAAAUAUAAAGGAUAAUAUACAUAAUGAAAAGAAUUUACCUAUUAAAAAUAAUAUAUCCGAAAUAUGUAAUGAAAACACAUAUACUCAUUCGAAUGAACAAGAUAAUGUAGAAGGAGAAAUGAAAUAUGAAGAAAAACAUGAUAUUUCAAAUAAUCAUAAUAUAAUAAAUAAUUCUAAAAAUAAUGAAGUCUUAAAAAGUAAGAACAAAAAAAAUAAUAACUACUUAUUAGAACAAAAGAAAUAUGAAAUAGAAAAAAAAAAAGAUUUAAAAUAUAAUAACCAAACAAAUAAUUCAGAUGAUUUUCCAACAUUAAAAGAUUUACAAGAAAUGUUUUUAAGAAUACAAUUUCGUAGUUCUACGAAACAUCAUAUGAAUAAAAAAGUAAAAAAAAAAAAUAAUUUUUUUGUUAUGAUGGAUGAGCAUCUAUUAGAUAUUAUCACUCAUUAUAUUAUUAAAUUAAAUAAGGUUCCGUUGUACUUACGAUUCUUACCUUCAUAUAAUAUAGGUUCCAUGACAGAUAUUAAAAAUGAAAUUAAAAAAUUACAAUUCCUAAACGAGUUCUAUAAAAUCUAUUUCGAAAAAUAUAACAAAUGGAAAGUAGUUAUUAUAAAUAAUCGUAUACAUAUAUUUGAUAAGGAAAAAAACAAAAAUAAAAUUAAUGCAUUAGAUAAUAACUCUACAGAAACAAAAAAUAAUCAAGAAAACAAAAAAUUAACAGAAGAAGAAAAAGAAUUAAUUCAUAAAAAAAUACAAAAAUUUAAAGAAACUAAUCAACUCAGUUUCGAUCCAAAGGAAAAGGACAAAAAAAAAAAAAAUAAAAAACAUAAAAAUUACAACAAAAACAAUACACAUUAUGAAAAAUCAGAAAACAAUACAACAGUUAACAAUACAAAUAAAGGUAUUUGUGAUAAGAUAGAUGAAAAUGAAACAAACACACAAAUGAAACAUCAGGAAAAUUUUUAUGACUCUCAACAGGAAGAAGACCAAGACGAGGAAGACAAUGACGAAGAUGAAGGUGAAGACGAUUAUGAUGAUGAAGAUGAUGACGAUGAAGAUGAUGAAGAUGAUGACGAUGAAGAUGAUGAAGAUGAUGACGAUGAAGAUGAAGAAGAUAGUUAUGAUGACGAUGAAGAUGAAGAAGAUAGUUAUGAUGAAGACGAACAAGAAGAGGAUAGUUAUGAUCAUAUCAAUGAAGCAAAUGAUAAAUUGGUACAUCAAAAUGGUGAAUAUAACCAUGCCAUAAAAGAAAAUAACUAUAAAACAUUACAGAAUCAAGAAAUUAUACAUAAUAAUGACACAAAUCAAAAAAAUAAUAAAGUAUCUUCUAUAAAUAAAAUUAACACAAAUAAAAUACAUGCAAACUAUUUAUUAGGAAACCCCGUAAAUUUGUUUUGGCUAGGAGGCCCUCUUCCUGGAUUAACCAUUUUACAUAAUAUGAAAAAAUAUUCAAAAAAUGUCGUAGUGAAUGAUUUGAUAUAUGAAGGGUAUAAUGAAGGCGUAAACGAAAGUGUAAGUGAAAAUAUAAACCAAAAUAUAAACCAAAAUGUGAACGAAAGUAUUAACACGAAUGAAAAAAUAAACAUGUUAAAUAAUGUAAGCAUGAACAACAGCGUAAAUGUUUUAAAUAACGUAAAUAUGAAUGAUAAUAUAAAUAUAAUACAUAAUAAUAAUGUUAUGUUAAAUGAUAACUCAACGAACAAUUUCACAUGCUCAACUAUGUCCAACAUGAAUGAAGAACAGUACAAUAUCAAACAUUGUAAUAUCAUAAAUAAUAAUAAUUUCAAUGAUGUUCAUAAUAAUAUGAACGAUGGUCAUAAUAAUAUGAACAAGGGUCAUAAAAAAUUGAUAAAAAGAUUUAUUGGAAAAGCUACAUGGGAUAUGAACCAACUCGUUGAUGAAUUGAAUAAUGAUUAUUGGAUAGCAAUAAAUUGUGACAAUAAAGAAUUAUUAUCUAACAUUAUAUUUAAUGCAUCUAAUGAAACAGAUAGUAAUAAUAUUAAUAAUAAUUUUGAUAAUUCAGCUUGUGGGAAUGUGUCUUCUAAUUCUUAUAAAGGAGAAUGUCUAUGGGAAAAAAUAUUGGCAUCUUUAAAUAAUGACUAUGAACAGAUAUCAAAAAUACCACAAACUGUUAUAGAUAACUUUUUAAAGGAUUUUAAAAGUAUAGAAAAUGAAUGA